CGAAUGAUUCUGAUAGCGUGUAUACUCUUUUGACUAUAAAUAUUUAUUGUAUUAUUCCAGAAUGCUGAAUACAGUGAACGGAUAGUGAAGAAUAAUUUUCGUAUACGGAUUAUUCGAAAGUGCCUGAAUUUGUUAUAGUAUAUACUUAUAUAUAGCUUUUGAAGAGCAGAUUGUUUAAAAAAGCUACUAAAUCUAGACCGAACGAUUAUCAAGUAACAUUUUGUGUAAAUAAUCACUGAACUACACGUAUCUGUGAAGCGUUUUUGAGUUUAAGUCUACAUUCGAAUUGAUAAAUGGUUGAUUACUGUUCGAAUAUUCAGUUGCUUAAUCAUAAUAGUGCUCUUGUGCUUUAAUAUUAUUGUUGACAAAGUAAAUAAAUAGCAAUCUUGAGACAAUGAAUUUCAGUAGCCUACCGAGUCUGGGUGAGAUGGAACAAAUUAUAUGUAGUUUGGAACGUGGCACAUUGAUCCAAAAGUUCUACCCUCGACGAAAACCAGAAAAGAAAACGUUGAUGCUCCGUAGAGAAACACGACAGGUAACCUGGUCUUCACCAUCACAAAAUAAUCGAGCCAACUUUGAUGGAGCUUUAGAGUUACGGGAAGUGAAAGAAAUUCGACUUGGGAAAGGUUCAAAGGACUUUGAAAAAUGGUUGGAGGAAAUUAAGAAAAUUGAACUACGCAAAUGUUUUGUCGUGUUUCAUGGCAGCGACUUCAAACUUCGUUCGCUGUCGGUUGUUGCUCUCUCCGAGAAGGAAUGUGAUAUGUGGAUCAAGGGUCUCAAACACAUGGUGGCGGAUACCAUCAAUGCACCGUACUGGCUACAAGUUGAACGGUGGCUCAGAAAAGAAUUUUACGCUAUGGAAAAUCCACGUGAGACCGUUAGUUUGAAGGAAGUAAAAUCUUUUUUGCCGAAAGUGAACUGUAAGAUUACAACAGCAAGACUGAAUGAAUUUUUUCACGAAGUUGAUUGUCGUCGACGAAAUGAACUAGGAUUUGACGACUUUUCCCGUCUUUACCAGAAAUUGAUGACAUCUUCGUAUACUAUUCAGGACUACUUUGACGGUUCGAUGCCUUAUUCAAAGGAUGGACAAACAGUAACUAUGAAAGAGUUUCGAAAAUUUCUUUCCGAAGAGCAGAAUGAUCCGCUCGGUAAUGAUGAAAAAUUAGUAUCAAAUUUUAUUCGGGAGUAUGUGCAAGAUCCGAUUCGUGAUAUUCAAGAACCAUAUUUGAAUAUGCAAGAGUUUAUUGAUUUUUUGUUUUCUCGUCAAAAUGAAUUAUGGAACAAAGAGUGUGACUCUGUUUAUCAGGAUAUGAGUCGUCCUCUUGCUCAUUAUUGGAUAUCCUCGUCACAUAAUACCUACCUCACUGGCGAUCAGUUCUCCAGCGAAUCGUCAGUAGAAGCGUAUGCGCGAGCCUUGCGUAUGGGCUGUCGGUGUAUUGAAUUAGAUUGCUGGGAUGGGCCAGAUAAUAUGCCUUUAAUUUUCCAUGGACAUACGUUCACCACAAAAAUCAAAUUUAAAGAUGUAAUUAAAACAAUUAAAGAACACGCGUUCGUGACAUCGGAAUAUCCAGUAAUACUAUCAAUUGAACAAAACUGCUCGCUGGCUCAACAGCGUAAAAUGGCAUAUGCAAUGCAAGAUGUAUUUGGGGACAUGCUGCUUACACAACAAAUCGAGAAAAACGAACUCCAAUUACCAUCUCCAAAUCAAUUGAAAAAGAAGAUUAUUCUAAAACACAAGAAACUCCCGGAGAAUGGUGCGAAGCUAGAUGAUGGCACACUACCAAACGAUGGUGCUCUUAUUAGAGCUGAUGAUAACGAAUUAGACAUUCGGAAUACAGUCAAAAAUGGGAUUCUUUUUUUGGAGGACCCAGUGGAUAAAGUAUGGAAUCCUCACUUUUUUGUGUUAACGCAACACAAACUAUUUUAUACGGAUAGUCAACGAACCGAGCGUGAAGAUGUACGUGAUGACGAUUUUGAAACUAACUACCCAAGAACGAAAGAUAAUGUUACGAACGACGAGCUACAUUUUGGCGAAAAUUGGUUUCAUGGGAAACUCUCCGGGGGUCGAGAGGAAGCCGAAAGUCUUUUACGGCAGUAUGCUCAUCUCGGCGAUGGAACGUUUCUGGUGCGAGAGAGUGUCACGUUUAUUGGGGAUUAUUGUCUGUCGUUUUGGCGUCAAGGAAAACCAAAUCAUUGCAGGAUAAAACUGAAGCAAGAUAAAGGUGUAACGAGAUAUUACUUAAUGGAGAACAAUUUGUUUGACAGUUUGUACAGCUUGAUUAUACAUUAUCGACAAAAUCCAUUGAGAAGCUCGGAAUUUUACAUUACGCUGAAAGAACCAGUUCCUCAACCUAAUAAACACGAAAGUAAAGAAUGGUAUCACCAGAACACGACCCGUGAACAAUCUGAAAUAAUUCUGCAUCAAUUACAAAAUGAUGGAUCAUUUUUAGUUCGACCGAGCGAUAAAGGUCCAAAUGCAUUUGUGAUUUCGUUCAGGGCAAACAAAAAAAUCAAACAUUGUCGUAUAAAAGUGGAAGGGCGUCUAUAUGGAGUUGGUGGCAUGGACUUCGAAAGUUUAGUAGAUCUAGUCAAUUUCUAUAUAAAACAUCCGUUAUACAAGAAAGUGAAGCUUACCCAUCCAAUACCGAAAGAUAUGGUGAAAAGAAUAAAUACAAUGAAUGGUCCAGAUGACAAUGGUGCUUAUAGCUACAUGGAUCCUUCAUGCAUUAAUGAAAAGGUCAAUGUGAAGGCUAUUUAUGAUUAUAAAGCUCAGCGCGAUGAUGAACUAUCGUUUUGCAAGCACGCCAUAAUUACUAAUGUAGACAAAAAAGGAAAUGAAUUGUGGUGGACUGGAGACUAUGGUGGUAAAAAGCAACAUUACUUUCCGGCGAAUUAUGUACAAGAAAUUAGUACUUCUGAAGGAAACAGCGACGAUAGUGGAAGCGAUUCACUCAUGCUUGGUAGCCUUCAGAAAGGCUCGCUGGAUGUACAUGGCGCUGUUGUAGAAUUAUGUCGCGGCCCACAUUCUGAUUUGGAACGAAUUUUGCGAAUUCAAAAUCCUUCCAUGCAAAAUGUAUUUGAGGUUGGUGUGCAAACUAAGGAACUUGCAAUUGAAUGGAUGAAUUCUAUAAAAGAAGCGGCACAAAAUGCUAGUGUGCUGGAAGAUGAGCGUCGUAGAAUGGAACGGAACUCACGAGUAGCAAAAGAAAUGUCAGAUAUGAUUAUCUAUUGCCGAAGUGUUCCAUUUAAAAAUACUGGUUGGGUGUUUUACGAAAUGUCUAGCUUUCCAGAAACAAAAGCAGAGAAAUAUUUUUUGCAACAGGAAUGCAAAUUAUUUGUACGAUAUCAUCGUAAUCAAAUUAGUCGAGUGUAUCCGAAAGGUCAACGUUUAGAUUCCUCGAACUACAAUCCUAUACCAUUGUGGAACACAGGAUCUCAAAUGAUAGCACUAAACUUCCAAACUCCGGAUAAAGCCAUGCAAUUAAAUCAAGCAAAGUUUAGAGAUAACGGAGCUUGUGGAUAUGUUUUAAAACCAGACUUUAUGUUCAGAGAUGAAUUUGAUCCAAAUGAUCCUAAUACUCUAGUUGGUGUAGAAGACAAAAUAAUCAACAUUCGAAUAAUUGGGGCCAGACAUCUAUGUAAAGGCGGUAGGAAUAUAACAAGUCCACUGGUAGAAAUAGAACUACUGGGGGCAUCAUUUGAUAAUGGAGUUAAGCACCGUACAAGGGCUGUUGUUGAUAACGGUUUUAAUCCUAUUUGGAACGAAAUUUGCGAGUUUAGGGUUAUAAACCCAUACUUUGCAAUGCUACGAUUUGAAGUUCAGGAUGAAGAUAUGUUCGGAGAACCUAAUUUUAUUGGGCAAUCUGUAUACCCGAUAAAUUCACUUCGUACUGGAUAUCGGAGUGUGCUCUUAAGAAACAAAUAUAGUGAAGAACUUGAAUUGGCAACACUCUUAGUUCACAUAAACAUUCGAACUAAUGAGCUGAAUGGAAACAACUUGUUCAGCUGAUAACACAUUAAAUUCCAUACACAACAUAUAUGUAUAGAAAGUGACAAUUGUGCUGUUUAUGAGCAUGAAAAGUUCAUGUUGAGAGUAUUAUUUAUUGAUUAUGUAUUUUAACGCCACAAAAUCAACAAUUGAACCGAUGUUUAAAAGUGCCUAACUAGUUAGAUUAUGUUUAUAUUGAAUAGUGCAUAGUUUAUUGUAUUGGGAUAUAAUAGAGGUUGAUGUAUGUUUGAGUUAUAUAUAUAAACCAAGUGCACA